AGGAGAAAGAGCUCACCCUCGGCCCCUUUUUGGGAUCGGCUCUCCACCCUUUGCCCUACUCCACUUUCCACAAAAUGACGUCAGAUUUUGUUGCAUAUACACGAUCUUUGUUUAGCGUACAGGAAGUCAGCAGCAGGUGCCACCGGAAGUGUGUGAGGUCUUUGCAAGGGAGCUAACGGCAUAUAAUUGCAAGAAGCCGCUCAAUAAUAACAACGGAAGAAAACUAACAUAUAAUAUCAUCAAAUAUAAACUACAGCUAAAAUGAGUGCUGCUGUACCAAACCACCGGAGGACCAAGCCUGGAGGAAUUAAGACAACGGUUGUGGCCAGCAGUGCCACUGGACCGACCUCCCAGAUCCCAGGUCUGUCCCAGACUGCCGAUGAAACCUCUCCAGUGGAGAGGAUCAGCGGGAGGAGAGUCGGGAUCUUUGCGUCAGACUCGGACUAUACCAAACUCGCAAAGGCGGGUGGACACAAAGGGCUGCUGAGUCAUGAGGUUGAUGAUGAUGAUUUACCCAAGAAGGCCUACAAUCCACCCAACUUUUUCGGGAGCGAUGGUUCAAAGAACGGGAGCAAAGCAACGUCUCCCGACAGCCAGAUGAAGGCAGGCAUGCAGCCUCUGGCUGCACCAUUUGGCACUGAUAACGGUUCCGCUUGGGAAAAUGAAAAUAGAUUUUCCCCUGAUAAAGAGCAGCUGUCUCCUGAUGGAGUUGCUGAUGAGAUGGGUGGUCUGUCCAUGACCGGCAAAUACAAGAGAACGUCUUAUGAGAAGAAGACUCCCCCUGUCAGCAUGUCCAAACUGCUGAGUCAUGGUUACAUUGAGAAGAAGACUCCUAAUGAUGACGACGCCUCAAGCGUGACUUCAGAACAGACCAGCACCACCAUGACGGAGGACGUGGAUGAUCUGGAGUAGUGCAGAUUGUGCUCUGAAGGCGGAGGGGCUCCCCCUAACACUAGUUCUUGGUUUCCACAGAUCCACGAACACAUCACCCCGCCCCUCUCCGAUUCAUUCAUUUAUGUACAUCCACUGACUGUUAGGUUUUGUACUCAUGGUUAUGCAAAAGGUACGGUCCUCUAUUUAUUUGCGUUAAUUUGUAAAAAAAAACCAAGUCCCACUGAUUUGGUUGAGUAGAUGUGUCGGUGCUCGCUGUAUUUCUUUUUUUAUUUCUGUGUUGUCGUUGCUCGAUUUGAAAGACGGGUUUGGCACAGGGCAGGAACCUAACUCAUUCACAGAAGCUGGCUGAGUGAAAGAUCCCAGCUCUUUCACACGCCAGCUUGAGUCUAAAGUGGAGUUGAUCUCCCCAGCCGGAUUAAGUCCACCUGUCUUUGGCUGGUGUUAGUUUCCCUCCCUGGUUGUAUGAAGAUCGAGUUGGUGAAUUGAAAGUGUUGUGCUAAUGAAAUGUGGUUCCAGUGACGUGAAAUAUUAUUUGUUUAGAUGAAGGGCUCGUGCUCUGCGAGGUGAAGUCAGAGGGUUGUGUGUUUCCGGCUGCAGGGGUGGAAACGAUCAUCCGUUGAGACAGCCCCGCCACCAGCCGAGCACACCUGCUGAAGUGCAUACUGAUGGCCGAUAGCCGCCCUGUUUGUUUGGUAGACAAGAGCCAAAAAUAACUUCUUACGUUCCGCUCUGCAAAAGGUUGCCCUUCUUAACAUUCCCCAAAGUAAUGUGUUGAUUUUGACUCCCUAAAAUGUCUGAAAAAUGCCUUAUUUUACUGUGCAAGCGGCAUUUUUAUGCUGCUUUUAGUCCAAUAAUUACAAUAAGAGAAUAGAAAUGCCUAAUAUUAAAAGACUAAAUGACCUCCGGUGAUGUUUACAAGUCACUCGAAGAGUUCGAAUCCAUUCUGUUAAUGCCAGAUGAAUUUCCCCGUCUUGUCUACCAGAAAGUUAAUCAGUAAUAACAAUGCCAAGUGCGUCAACAGUUUGCUAAUGAAGGAACUAAAUUGGGUCCUCCUCUACGUCAUAAAGCCCUUCAGUGUUAUGUUAUUGCCUUCUCGUUCAGCCUAAUAAACCCCACACCCGUGCAACAACAGAUAAGGACUUCUUUGAAAUUUAGCGAGAACGGCCACCUUCAGCAGUUCAGUCCGGAGUAAUUCCCUGUGAAGAUUACGGCAGUUUUAAAGUGAGUUCUGAACGUGCCAACCAAGCAGUUUUUCCCUGCUCUUGCAGUGCUUUUUUUCUGUGACUAGACAUCAACUUAGAGUUAGUGCACAGCCGGAUCACACCAAACCCACCGUCUCAUGUUUGUCCAUCUGAUGAGGUUAUUUGGCUCGAUGAGAGACAUGUUUACUGCGGCAACAUUUUUGCAUUUGAAACCUUUGCAGAUUUCAAAUUUGGAUCAGCUGCUGGUCGAGUCGUUUAGAUACUCUAAAAAAGAUAUUAGGGAUUAAGAAUGUGCCAUUUUUAAUCAGUACAUGUUACAUGAUGUAAAUGUAGUUUUAGGUUUGUUUUAUUUGUAGCUAACACUUUCUAGCUCAUUUUCAGGCAAAUGUUUAUUUAUUUAACACGUUCUCGAAAUAUGGAUUCAAUUGCACAUUUUGUGGUACUUACUUUGUUGAAAGCUGCCAGUCAUCAGCAGUGCGGCUUCUGAAGCACAUCGUUCUGUUUUUACUAUUUCUGGUGUCGAAGCCAGAUCUUUGUUUUUCCCUCAUUCCUCCUCAGAGUGCCCUCGUGGUUGGCCUAACUGCUCUUUAACCCUAGCAGACAGUAGGAAUGACUGCAUCUCUGCUUGUUUGUGGGGUAUUUUAGAAUUAUUCUGACUGUCAGGAUAUCUCACAAAGUCAAAAAAUGCCUGUUACAUUUGAUGGACCGUUCAGCCUUGAGUCAUUCAAUUUUUAGCCGCAGCUGAACUCGCGCUGUCAGUAAAAUCCUAAUCCAUCAUACUCCAAAUUGUAGAGCGGAGAAAAUUCUCUUAUAAAAGAAAAGGGAAAGACUGAUUCAUCGGGGUGUAACUGCAAGAUUAAAGUUCGUCCCAGUAAAUCCAGCACGAUCCUCACCUGCGUCUCAGAAAUGAUGCAGCAGUAACAAACUCAUUUCAAAACCAUUAGCUUCAAAACUCUUCCAGGAAGUGAUCGACGCAGCUGUCCGGUUAGGGUUGUCACUUUAAUUUCAACGCUAUAUCUAUUCAAGCAAUGAUGCAUAAUGUGUCUGUAUGUGGUAUUAAAGUGUCAAGUGUCCAAAAUCAAUGCACUGCGUUUUGUUUUGCAGUAUAUGGUUUGCUGUGCAGGAAGGUUUGAUUUGUAUGGAAUGUUAAUUAUACUGCGGUAUACAUAAUAGUGUUUUUGAAGUUGCUUCCUCUUCGCCCAGUGUGAGUAGGUUGCAUAUCAGUUUACAAACGGAUAGUGGGAAACCUUAGUGGCUUAACUCUGCAGAUCCUCCCUCAAGUAUUGUCACCUGUUGUCGUCCUCUUGCUAUUGUACCUGCAGGUGGUAGUUUACUUUUAAAAUGCAAAUGUACCAGAAGAGAGUGAAGAGAAGAUCCCCUAAGUGUAGUAAGACCCCGCUUAUGAUUGCACACAGACUCUCCAUUAUAAUUUCAAUAAAUGGGCAUGUGCAUGUA